CAGCUAGCUCAGUGUCCAGCGUGCGUUAUGGAGCCGCGUGUCGCAGAACUGAAGUUGAAGAUUGAGGACAGCUUGUGUCCUUUUGGCUUCGAGGUUUACCCCUUCCAGGUGGCAUGGUACAAUGAACUGGUGCCUCCAGCCUUCCACUUGCCCUUCCCAGGACCUACUCUGGCCUUCUUGGUACUCAGCACACCUGCUAUGUUUGACAAAGCCCUCAAACCUUUCUUAAAGAGCUACCACCUCCAACCACUGAGAGACCCCGUAGAUCAGUGUGUGUCCUACCACCUGAGAAGUGUUGCGGAGAAGUUUCCAGAACUGCAAAUGAAAAUCAUUGCUGACUAUGAGGUCCACCCCAACCGACACCCUAAGAUUCUAGCACAGACCGCAGCCCACGUGGCAGGUGCUGCUUACUACUACCAACGACAUGAUGUGGCUGACCCAUGAGGGACCCAGCACAUAGCAGGCGUGUAUAUACACCCCCGAUUUGGGGGCUGGUGUGCUAUCCAAGGGGUAAUGUUGCUGCCAGGGAUUGAAGUGCCAAAUUUGCCACUCAGAAAGCCCCCUGAUUGUGUGCCUACAAGAGCUGGCCGAAUCACUCUACUUGAAGGCUUCAAUUUCCAUUGGCAUGACUGGACUUACCGGGAUGCUGUGACUCCUGAAGAGCGGUACUCAGAAGAACAGAAGAUCUAUUUUUCCACCCCACCUGCCCAACGAUUGGCCCUAUUAGGCUUAGCCCAGCCCUCAGAACACCCUAGUACUACAACUGAGCAUCCUAGCUCCACACUUACCAACCCUCAGAGUCUUAUCAGGGAACGAAGCUGGCUUAGCCCCAGUGUCUCACCCCCUGAAUCCCCAGGCCCCUGAUACUUUU